CUCCAGGGCGAAGAAGGGCAGGAGAGGCGGGCCUGCUGCUCGACGACGCGAUGAUGGCGGCGGCCGCAGCGGCGGCGGCUUCGGGCUCGGCCGGCCGGGCCCCGGUGCUGCUCUCGUGCCUGCUGAGCCACCUGGGCGGCCUCCUGGUGGCGGCGGCGGCGGGGCAGGCGCAGGUGGAGGUGCUGCUCUUGCCGCCUCCUCCUUCUCCGCCGGCGCCCGAAGAGCAGCCGGCGCAGGCCGAGGGAAGCGGCCCCGGCGGCAGCAGCAGCUACACUCUGCAGGGCGCGCUGCUGGGCAGGCCCGGCCUGGAGCCGGAGCCGGAGCGCGGGGAGAAGCGGCCUCAGGAAGAGGGCGAGGAGGAGGCGGCGGAGGAGGAAGCCAUCCGGGGCAGCCUCGUCCUGGUGAGCGGCGGCCCCCCGACGACCCUCUCGCAGUGGGGCGACCCACUCCCCCCCCCGUCGCCCUUCUCAAUGAACCCCCCUCCCCUCUCCAGAUCUGUUUGGGGAUCCCCCCCUUCCCCGUUAAAGAUCCACCCUCAGGGCUCUUGCCAACCCCUCCACUCCCUGUAAAGAAUAGGAAUAAGAAGAAUAACAGCAACAAAAUACCAUCCCCUUUCCCUCCCCCUCAGUAAAAUGGCUGGGUAAGAACCUGCUGCUCUCUGCAAAUAAUUAUAAUUAUAACCAUUGUAUGUCUCUCUCUCUCUUCCCCCCAUCGCCCCACAACAAAAGGGUUAGGUAGAAACAGGCUCUCUGUAAAUAAUAAUACAGUAAUAAAAACAAUAACAGUAACAAAUACUCUUUCGCUUUCCCAUGGCUGGGUAGGAACCUGCACCCUGCAGAUAUUAGUAGCAGUAAUAAUAAUAAUAAUAAUAGUAAUAUUAAUAAUAGUAGUAGUAGUAGUAGUAAUAACAACCAUUGUCUCUUCUCCCACCCCCCAACAAAAGGACUAGGUAGAAACAGGCUCCCUGUUAACAACAGCAGCAGCAGCAGCAACAAAUACCCUUUUCUCUCCCCCCCCCCCCAUAAAAUGGCUGAGUAGGAACCUGCUCAACAUGAACAAAAACAACUGCCUCUCCCCCCACCCCCAACAAAAGGGCUAGGUAGGAACCGGCUCCUGUUAAAUAAUAGUAAUAAUGAUAAUAGCAGCAACAAAUACUGUUCCCCCCCAACAGACCCCAUGAUUAGGUAGGAAUCUGCUCCAUGUAAAUAGUAAUAAUAGUAAUAUAAUAAUAAUGACAGCAACUCGCCCUUCAGCAUCAGGACCCCCAAGGCAGGCUACCCUAAUUUAAAAUCCAAUACUGUAUUGAAAACAAUUAAAACAAGUCACAGGAAUAGGGUGGGCCGUAAAGCUCCCAUCUCAGGUGUCAAAGGUCAGGGUGGACCCCUCUUUGCCUUCCACUCGCUCACUUGAGUGGUGAUGGUGAUCCUCCAAUAUCUGCUAGAACCCCCUUGGAGGUUGUCCUCUGCAACUUGUCAGUCAAAUGGCAUCCCCUUCCCUGCAGAUAGGCCCGCUGGAGUCUGCACUCCCUGUCAGUAAGAGGGGUUUCUGCUGCCCCAGAUGAACCCUCUAUUCUCCCCCUCAGUUAAGUGAUAACCCUCCAAUAUCUACUGUGAACCCCCUGGUCCCUCCCACCAAAAACCAAACAGCUGCUGCCUCACUAGGGAUUCCCCUUUCUUCCCCAUCAAUUAAGUGAAGACCCUAGUCUAAAGGCUACGGAGAGAGUGGCCAGUCAUAUCCCUUUCCUCUUGGGAGUGUUGGCAAGCUGGUCAUGACCACGGGUGGCUACAGACCCUAACUUUGAGGGCUCACCUCUUUCUCUAGGUGGGGGACACCGACCCCAAGCUGAAGGAUGAUGACAGUUGGAUUGGUGUCGUCCCAGUGGGCGAGGAGCAGGCGGAUCUCCCACGAGGCAGCAAGGAAGAGUCCUUUACCACUGCUGUGGUCAACAAGGUGAAUCUCCUAUUUUCCCUCCUGUUGCUGUGACCCAACCUCCUUCUUUUGGGGUAGGUUCCUAGGAUGCUGCAUAUACGGAAUCAGAUGACCAUUGGUCAAUCCAGCUCAUUAUGGUUCACACUGACAGGCCGCAGCCCUCCUGGAUUUCAAAUGGGAGACUUUCCCAGCACUACUUAGAAAUGCUGGGGAUUGAACCUGGGACCUUCUGCAUGCCAUUUUAGCUUUGUUUAGAGCAGGCAUGGCCAAACUUGGCCCUCCUCCAGCUGUUUUGGGACUACAAUUCCCAUCAUCCCUGACCACAGGUCCUAGCUAGGGAUGAUGGGAUUUGUAGUCCCAUCUUGGAAAAUUCAGUACAGGUGAAAGAGAGCAAGUGCUUUUUCACGUAGCGCAUAGUAAAGAGGGUUCGAGAAAUUCAUGGAGGAGAAAGCUAUCAGUGGCUACCAAGCGUGAUAGGCAUGCUGCAGUUGGAAUACCAUUUUCUGCAAACCACAGGAGGGGACAAUUCUCUUGUGCUCAGGUCCUGCUUGCGAGCUUCUUGAAGAGGCAUCUGGUUGGCCACUGUGGAAAUAUGAUACUGGUCUAGAUGGGCCAUUGGCUUGAUCCAACAGGCUCUUCUUACAUUCUUAUUUGAGUGAGGGAAAAUUGCUGUUUCUCAAGACAGGGUCAGCAUUGAACAUUUAACUAUAUGGCAACCCUGUCAGUAGUGAGGUGUUAUGUAACACAUUCCUCGGAUGUGUCCCCCAGAAUCGAGUACUUCUCAGAUUGCUGGAGUUUUAAACAUUCUUGUGUUUUGAGAUACAUUUUCUCGUGUGUUGCAAAGGCAGCAAGAGACUAUCGGUAUAAGGCACGGGUGAGGAACCUCAGGCUUGGGAGCCGAAUGUCGCCUUCCAGGUCUCUCCGACUGGCCCUUGAGACUUCACAAAGCCACACCCCUCACUGGCCCCAUGUCACACCCUCCAGAAAUGCUUUUGCCAAGCUGGAAUUUGUCCUUGAGCUCCGAUCAUGCUUCUUGCUUGCCUGGGUUGAGUAUAGUACUGUAUUGGCCCGAAUAUAAGCCGCACCUGAAUAUAAGCCGCACCUUUAAAAUUCAAAGGGGGGGGGAGAAAAGAAAAAGGCAAUACCCGAAUAUAAGCCACUCCCUUAAAAUUCCGCAGGCACUCACACCCGUUCCAUGUGUCAGUUUUAGCAGUGAUAUCGUAAAAAAGCCAGUUUUUGUAAGGUCACGAAUUUAAGCCACACUUUAUCUUUUCAUGGUCGGAAUUUGGGGGGGAAAGUGCGGUUUAAAUUCAGGCCAGUACGGUAUAUAAAAACUAGCCUACUUUAUCUCUGCGGUUUCUCCCUCUGCAGAUGAAGCGUGCCCUUGUCUUGGGGGCCUCGGCUUUGCUCAUCCUCGCGCUGAAUCAGAAUGCCAUCCGUGAGGUGAGCAGAACCCCUCCCUCUUCCUUGUCCUUCUGGCUGAAGGGUGGACCUCAGUUGGCCUGAAAGAGCCACCAGCCCUCCCAGCGGCCCCUUUAACCUCUCGCUUUCCUCUUCCCUGCUGCAGCUGGAUGUCUCCCAGGUCCUCUCCAAGCCUGUGAUUGUUGUCCAGACUUCAGAAAACGUUACCAAGCUCCUUGGUGCAUUGCUACGGUGAGACUGGUUGGGUUUUGGGAAGUGCAGGAGAUCCUACAUGAGGUUCCCAUUGCUGGCUCGGGCAGGCAGGUCAACGUUGGCUUGUUUUACUUUCUUGAAGGAUCCGGAGCAGCUGAUGAGAGCAAUUUAAAAGCAAUGGAGAACGUUGCUAAAUUAAGAGAUGAAGCAGGAAAUGACAUCAAUAGGUGCCAUUAUCCUUCCUCCCAUCCAUCCAAUCACAGCAGCAGAGAAAGCAGAAAGCAGCUUCCUAGAAAGCAGCUGUCUUGGCCUGGCAAUGCAAAAUGAUUAGGGAUGGAGCCUGGCAGGCAUCUUUGGGGAAAGGCAACCCCAUCAUCCCCACAGUGCUCUCUCACAGAGAGAAGCUCUUUGCACCUUUCCUCUGUUCUGAGCAGAAGGAUGGGGUUGGUGUCUCUUAUGCAUUGAGGAUUUUCCAGGGUAUUUUUAAAGAGACCUUUUGUGGACACCCUUUGAGGUCCUGGCAGACAUACUGGUGCCUGCAGGGGCCGCAUUGGCGACCCCUGAUCUGACAAUUCUUAAUUUUCUUCUUAAUUUUUGCCCGCAGAGGUCUUCGGGCAACAGCAAAGAUAACAUACCAGGCGGUGCUACUGGAAAACGUGGUAUGUAAUCCUCAAGGGAAAUGGGAGCUUAUCUUCCAGUUGGCACAGUACAUAUUUAAACCCCCAAUUCCCCCAUUGUUCAGCAGGGGAACAAGAUGCGUGGGUGGGUCAUCCAAUGGGUUAAAUAUUUGCUAUCUGUCCUCUUGCCUGUUGGGUGCCUCCCCUUUGUCUGUUUCCAUUAUUGGACUUCAGCCUGAAAACUUUCUCUCUGUGUGUGUUUCUUCUUUAUAAGGGAGUGACCUUGACUUUGUGGUCAACCUGUGGCCUGUCCCGGGGCGGUCUCUAUGGAGAGUGGCAAGGAGUCAUCUGCACAGGAGAGAACAGCUCGAGAGUCCAGGUUGGUACCCCUUGCUGGAUCGAAGGCGAUGGGUAUUCUUGUUAAAACCAUAUUGAUCCCUGCGCCAUAGACAAAUUGGGCCAACUGCUCUGUGAAGGGCCUCCCUGCCCAGGAAAUGAAAGCAGCAGUCGUCUACUAUAAUUAAGAUUAAUUUGUUAUACGCCAAUGGCAAAAGUACUGCACAAAAUGAUGUGCAGGAAUUUCAUUUUGUGACACAGAGACGGGGUAGGGCUGUAGGUGUGUCUUUAAAAAGUACUUGCAUUCAGCUCGGACUCUCCUGGGAAAAAUGGUUUCCAAGAGGAUAGUGAGAGCAAAUCUUGUAUUCCGUUAGUGUCUUCCCACCCCAACUCAUAUAGGAAGUAUGUAAGAUCUGUUCUUGCAUCAGCUGUUGCAUGCUUUCCUCUCUCUUUUUUAAACUGGCGCUUUGCAAACAUGGACCAUGUGCAUUUUCAGGGUUUUUUCCUUGCUAAAAGCAAAAAUUGUAAAAAUGAGAUGCUAUUAAAUCUUGCUAAAAUCAAUCAAUCAAUCAAUGGAGGAGCAAGCUGUUAUAGGUGGUUGGCAACACACACACACACACACACUGUCCAUUCAAGUUAAAAUAAUAUUAGCUUAUUUAACAUCUCCUAGGCUUUGCAGAUGCACACCACUGAUGUUACUCUGAUAUGAAACCAGUUUCAGAAUUGUGGCUCUCCUCAAAAGAUCUCUAGGAACGCUAUAGUUCAGCAGCAGGGCUAAAAUUCUAGAUUAAAGAUCUCCCUUCAUAGGACAAGUUCUGGGGUAUGUUGACUGGGAAAUGUUCAAAUCUGCAUUUCAACGUGCCAUGUGUUUGCAUAAAUCGCAGGCAUUUUAUAGUGCUUGGGAGUCCCAUCAGCACCUCACCUGGCUGUCUUCCAGGGAACUGCAGUAUCUCAACAGUAUUCCAGUACCCGGAAGCGCAUUGCACGGCUAUCAACGGGUGGAGUUUUUCUUGCUGUGCUGUUAAGAAAUGCCCUCGUAUUUAGUGGCGGUUCUGGUGCCCCCCCCUCUUAAAAUGAAAAUGAUGCACCCCUCUGCACCAUCGCUAUAAGAAUGUAAAAAGAGCCUCCUGGAAUCAGGCCAAUGGCCCAAUUUAAUCCAACGUCCUGUCCUCACUGUUGUCAACCAGAUGCCCAUGGAAAACAUCUUGAGCUGUAUAAAUUGCAUUGGUAGACCUGGUGCCGGGGUCAGUCCACCUUGUAAUAGACAACUGUCUGAUGCCAUCUUGGUCUACUUCCUUUCUCUCCUGACCUAGAACCGUAGUAUGUGAUGGGGCCAUACUUCUUAUGUGGGGUGUGUGUGUGUGUCCCCUCCUUGCAGAAGUAUCUCCAACAGCUGUGGAACGCCAUCUUGCUCAUUGCCUUGAUCCUGUGCACAGGCGUGAUCAUGCAGGCACAGCGACAGUCUCGGCACAGUCGGCUCGACCAGGACUCCGAGGUGAGCUUGCUCUCUGCCCUGCUCACCCCUGGCAGAAAGCUCCCAUCUGGGUUUCAGGCUGAGGCUCACCCUGGCCUUUCCUCCUGCAGCUUGAUCUCAAGCAGCACAUCGUGCAGAGACUCUCGGCGCUGAAGACUCGGCGCUACCACCCCGGGAAGCUGCCCCGGAGCUGGGCUCACGAGAUCGACAGCUGCGCCAUCUGCUUGGACCGGUUCCACAAGAACCAGGUAGCGCUUGCCGAAAGGCCGGCGCGUCUCGGUGCCUCGCAGGAUGCAGCAGGGUUUCUGUGGGAGGGCUUCUGCAUCCUUUGUGUUUUUAAAGUCUGCAUCUAGAAGCUCUGAGUGGAGUUGGAAGCCUAUGGUGUAUCUAGUCAGACGCGGUGCAUGCACAGCCACAGCCCUGCAUGCGCAAACUCUCGCACAUCACCACCUCCCGACUUGUGUGCCUUAAUAUUGCAGCUGCAACCUUUCAUAGACUUCACCGCCACAUAGAUUAAUAGAUUCAAAGGUUAUUUUAGCCACUAAAAAUGAACAUAAGAACAUUGGAAGGGUCCUGCUGGAUCAAGCCAAAUAACAGUCUGACCCCAGAUUCUUUUCUCACAUCUGUCAACCAGAUGUCUGGGGCAAGCCUGCAAGCAGGACCUGAGCACAACAGCAGAAGAUAGCCAUCGUGGCUAAUAGCCUUUGAUAGACGGAUCCUCCAUGAAAUUGUCUAAACCCCUUUUAAGGCCAUCCAGCUUGAUGGCCAUUGCUCCCUCAUGCAGGAGUGAGUUCCAUAGCUCAGCUAUGCGCUGUGUGAAGAAAGAAGUGGUCUGUCCUCAAUCAGGUAGCAGAUUUAAAAGAGAUACCCAGGUUUUCAGGGAUGCAUUUAUAAAACCUUCAGGCCGCAAGCCUCUUCCGCAGUGGUGCUUGCUAGAACUUAGUGCCUGCUUAAUGUAACAACAAAAGAAGGGUGCUGCCCGAUAAAGGCUCUUCCACCCACCCAGCCAUGAGCAAAUUUGAAAGAGACAUAAGACAGGGAACAGAUCAGACUAUUGAUCCAUCUUGUCCCCAUCUUUGACAGAGAGCAUUAAGUUGUCAAAGGCUAUCUGACCACUUAAAUCGGUUAUGCUGGGAACCCAGACCAGUGAACCCAGACCUUCUUCAUUCAAAGUUUGUGCUCUCUUACUAAGUUACAGAUCUUCCCUUAGAGUAGUUGACAAGCCCACACAAUUAACCAACUUAAGAUUUCUUUAAUCGGGUAACGGGCCCUGCUUAAUGUGCAUUACAUUGCAGUUUCUCCAUAUGGUGAUCUUUCCCUUUUUCCAAAUGGGAGCCAGUGUUUGGGGGGUGACUCGUUCCUUCUUCCCUGUCUCUAUGGGUUGAGCUCUUCAAAGUGGGACAUGCAGCUCUUGAAACUGUCUCAAUCUGCCCAACAGUGUCUCCGGGUGCUGCCAUGCCUGCAUGAGUUUCACCGGGACUGUGUGGAUCCGUGGCUCCUCUUGCAGCAGACCUGCCCCCUCUGCAAACACAAUAUUUUAGGUAAGCCCCUUUCCCCACCCACCAUGGGACCAGCUGCUGCCCAGAUCUUCCCACUUCUGCUUUUCACCAGCCACUUCUGCAGACGUGGGGCUGGGAAGGUUAAACAAACUUGGGAGCUGAAACACCAUAUAUAGACCUAGUUGGCUGCCCUCUCCCUUUCCAGUGCUCCACCUUGGCGCUGACGGACAGCAGAGAAUUGCCCCGUCUUGAGUCUUGUCUGGAAGUCGCAUCCUCUAAUCCUGGCUGCAUGGAGGCUGACAUACUUGGCAGCAAGGGAAAGGCACUCUGCAUAUCCUCAGAGGCAGUCUUUAUUAUUGCUUUACAUUUCCAGCAUCACAACUUGGGUUGAGCCCCAAAUGUCAGCCCACAAUUUGUAUUUUCAGUUCAUGCUCUCCUGUGUGUUCGCAAUGGCCAGAGAUUACUGCAGCUAGAAGAGCAACCUAGAAUUGGCUUUGGUGAUCUAGUUGCCGAGGUGGGAGCCCCACUCUGCCCUACCUACCAAGCCCAGAAUUUCACCUUCCCAUUCAGCCGCCAGAACAGGAGGAUGGAAAGCCAUAAUGAUGUUUGCUGUUACUUCCUCAUUUCUUAAGUGUGUGUCCCUUAAAAGGGGGAAGUGGCCUCCUUUCUCGGGUAGAGGAAGCAAACGCACUGAGCCUUGGUAUUGGUCGGUCUGUCUUUCUUUUCUUUAAAACAGCUUUCUCUCUGAAGGCUCAGGCCUUUUGCUCUUGGGUCUUUUUAAAAAGAACAGCAAGCAAGCAAUUGAAUUCUCCAUUCGGGGAGUUUUGCUCUUUAUCAGAGGCACUCUUCUUCUAUUUUGUUUUCUGCUGCCCAUGCCAACCGUUCAUUCACUUCCCCUCCUGGGAUCCAUCUUGCACAUCCCCCUCUCACCUCACCCAGCCCUGUGGCCCUUAGAGCAUGGUUGGGGAACUUGCAGCCCUUGAGAUGCUGCGACUCUUUACUCCCAGCCAACAUGACCCCACUGGUCACGACACCCGACACCACAAGGACCACAACUAAGCAAUAGCGGCCGGAGCACUGUCUCACCAACAGGCCUCAUGGCCUGGGGGAUCUCUGCCUUUCUAGUAAAAUACCCCCUUCUCUUUUAUUUCCCUCCCUGCCUAGGAAACUGCUGUCAAGACAGUUAGCACGACGAUUGCCCGCCUUUACGGAUCAAUCUGCUUGUAUUUCAAGGGAGAGAGCAAUUUUCCCCAGAGCGUCUGGACGCCAUGGCAGCUGCUCGGGACAUGGAGGAAAUGACUCUCUUGGAACUUGGGGCUCCUUUGAGAUGGGAAGCGUGUGUGUGUGUGUGUAAAAAUAAUAAUGUGUUUGUUCUCUGGCCUUUUCUGUGCUGGGCUAAAUCAAUUGCACCAUUGGUGGAGCAUCUGUGCAGUAUGAACCUGGGGAGGAGGGUGUAUGUGUGUGCUGAGGUUUUUUUGAAACUCUGCUUGUACCUUGUUUUGCCACCUUGCAAGUCCCCCCCCCCCUUCCCAGCUUGCACUGUUCCUGAUGAGCAGAGGCUUCGCUUGCUUAGGGUUGGGGAGGGUGGGGAAUUUGAAAUGCUUGCUUUAUUUAUACUAACUUAUUAGAGAGAAGGGGCUGGGCAAGACUGCAGGGGGUUAUGGAGGGGGCCGCAGAGCCCUCUCCGGAGAGCGUCGCGGCACUCGAGGCACUGCUGGAGUGUGUAAAGAGCCACCUGUACUAAUAAAAAGACGGGGGGAAAUCUAAGCAACAAGACGCUUGACUCAGCAGCAUUCCAUUGCGAUCCCGCCUUUUCCCCUGCCUAGAACAUUCCCCUUGGCGAUGGAAGGGCUACAGGUGGGGCAGCCUGACCCAUACUUGCCUUGCAGGGGCCUCUGUCAACAGGGGGAGGAGACAGCAGGGAUCCCUUGGUGGGACAGAGGACUGUCCUGAGCACAUCCCAGGGCUGCAAAUAAGUUGAGAUUCUGUUUGGGGUGGUUGUUGUUUUUUUAAAACACUUUUUAGAAUAUGAUCCCCCUGCACGAACCCCCCAGGUUUAGUUGUCUCAUACCGAUUGAUUGAUGUCAUAAUUUUAUUGCACAUGGUAUUAUUUUAAUUAUGUCCACAACUGUAAUUAAUGGAAGCUACUUUGUUCUUGUGAAGCACGAGUUAUAAGGUUCAGAAAUACUGUAAAAUAAUUCUAGGAAGCCUCAAUCAAGGGGGAACUGGAGGCAGUCGAUGCAGCUGGAAGGCAGAGGGGCUUAGGAGGCCUGUAGUUGCAGCAAACAGGUUUAGAAACAUGCUUUUAAAAACAACAACAUUGAGAUUCUCCAGAUGUUGAACUCCAUUUACUCUGCUUUUUUGCUGUGUGUUCUUGUCUAGAAUCCACACACAGCCUUUAGCAGGGGAGAGAUCUUGGCCUUUCCCACCCAAGUUAAGACGAAGAGCACCUGGCUUUACCCCCCCCCCCCAGGUCAGAAAAGGAGCUAAGAAAAAUUGGAAAUCUGCGUUACAGUGAUCUGCUUCUUUUCUGCAGGGGAUCCUUGACUGGGUCACUUCCCCUCUGAGGAUCCCCUCCACCACUUCAUUUCCUGUUGGAAGAUGCGGGAGAGCUAAACACACAAAUUACUUUAUCUAGGGAGAAGUUCCACUGGCCGCAGCCCCUCCUGGCCAUCACAGUUGUGACAUGUAUAUUGCUGAGGUUCUGACUCCCACCUUCCUAGUCUGCUUUUGGUCCAGUCACACUUUGAGAACCUUCCUCACCCUGCCAAAGAAUGCCAGUUCUGUGCUCAGGUGACCAUCCUACCACAAUGGACUGGAUUUCAGGGGAAAGAAGCUAAUAUCCUCUCUUUCUCGCCUCUCUGUCAUUUACAAACUGAAAUUGGUGGGGUGUUUUUGGGAGGGAGGUUGAUUUUUUAAAAUGGAAGCCAAAUUCCCCACGCUAUUGUGGGGGUUUUUUUGCAGGGAGGUUACUACACCUGGCAACUCAGAGCAGGGCAAAAGACUCAGAAAGAUGGUUCCUGCAUCCUUGCCACAGUGAACUCAUCAAUUACCGAUAAAGCCUUUGGUGAGGCUCACCUGGAGGGGUCACCAUUGCAAAGGUGCAUGACCACCUGAGCACAGGAACAGUAUUGCACCGGUGAUUAUUUGCGGCCCGGGAGAGGUCCAGCCAUUUGGUCUCCCUUUGCCGCCGCCCCCCCCCCCCCCUUUUGCUUUGGAAAUGUGGCAGCCUUCUGAACUUGCUCUGCAGGGCCUUUUUAUUGUUAUUUCUGGUGUUUCCUGUUGCAACGGGCCGAGUGGCCUGGGGUCCUGCUUUUCCCUUUCCCCCGGGCGUGGGCUCGGAUGGCUUGUUCCUCAGAGGCGAAGAUGAAUGCCGCUUUCCGGGCGGCCUCUCCCGCAGACGGCUUUGACUGCUGGCUUCGGAAGGGAGAGCCGUUCUUUGAGGCAUUGCGGGUGCUCUUAGAUCUGUGUGGGGCUGGGCUCCCUGGGCUCUUGGGGCUGGCAGGAGGCCUCAGCGCUGCUCCCUGGGCACUCGUAUGUGCGGGAUGCCUGCAGAAGGAGCGGAAGCAAAGAGGGGGCUGAGGAAGGGCCUUUCUUUGUUCAUGGUCGGAGGAUGCUUCAAACCAGAACGCUCACCUGGUUGGCGUGUACGUCCCGCCGUCUUGGGGAGAGGACAGAUUCCACAGCUGGGUUGGAGGAACAAGCUGCGGCGAGGGGAGUUCUAUAUUAGAUUCAGGUAUGGAUGACACCUCUGUUUUACUUAUUUAUACAGUGGUACCUCUGGUUAAUUGGGACGUGGGUGGCGCUGUGGGUUAAACCACAGAGCUUAGGGCUUGCCGAUCAGAAGGUUGGUGGUUCGAAUCCCCAUGACGGGAUAAACUCCCGUUGCUUGGUCCCAGCUCCUGCCAACCUAGCAGUUCGAAAGCACGUCAAAGUGCAAGUAGAUAAAUAGGUACCGCUCUGGCAGGAAGGAAAACGGCAUUUCUGUGCGCUGCUCUGGUUCGCCAGAAGUGGCUUAGUCAUGCUGGCCACAUGACCUGGAAGCUGUACGCUGGCUCCCUCCGCCAAUAAAGCGAGAUGAGCGCCACAACCCCAGAGUCGGCCACGACUGGACCUAAUGGUCAGGGGUCCCUUUACCUUUACCUCUGGUUAAGAACUUAAUUCAUUCUGGAGGUCCAUUCUUAACCUGAAACUGUUCUUAACCUGAAGCACCACUUUAGCUAAUGGGGCCUCCCGCUGCUGCCGCGCCAUGAUUUCUGUUCUCAUCCUGAAGCAAAGUUCUUAACCCAAGGUACUAUUUUUGGGUUAGCAGAGUCUAUAACCUGAAGCGUAUGUAACUUGAGGUACCACUUUAGCUAAUGGGGCCUCCCGCUGCUGCCACGCCGCUGGAGCACGAUUUCUGUUCUCAUCCUGAAGCAAAGUUCUUAACCCAAGGUACUAUUUCUGGGUUAGCGGAGUCUGUAACCUGAAGCGUAUGUAACCCGAGGUACCACUGUAAAACAAUUUAUAUACAACCAACCCCCCAAUUUGCGCCCAUCGCAAUGGCUCUUCCCAUUUUGGUGUUACCUUAGGCCCUUCCUGCUGCGCUGCCUCUCUCAUUUUGGCCACUGCGGUUCGGAGGCGCGAGUUCUCUUCCUCCAGGAUGCUGAUACGAAUGUUGUUGGCCUGCAGCUGCUUGCCCAUGUCCUCCAUGACGUCCCCAGUGCCUGUGACAGAGCCAGCGAGGAUGGACUGGGCAUCACGGGCUCACAGCAUUGAAACAGGGGUGGGUCAAGACCGGACCCUCAACUCAGCAACCUCUUUCUCUUCCCUAAACUAUCCCUUUCAGAUUACUAAGGAGGCCUUGGCCUGCAACAGGAGCCCAUCUGGACACAAGAAGGUUCCUCAUAGUGAGUUAGACCAUUGCCCCAUCUUGCUCAAUAUUGCAUACUCAGGCCGGCAGCAGCUCUCCAGGGUUUCAGGCAGGAAAGCCCUGGAAACUGAACCUGGGACCUUCUGCCACUGAUCCUGUUAUUUUUGUUUAGGGAAACAGUUUUUGCUAAAUGAUAGGAGACGUUACCUAAUGGUGAGAGGUAUUGGCCAUGACAGCUGUGGUCUGCCUUUGAAUGCCAGUGACUGAAAAUCACAGAUAGGGAGAGAUGCUCAGGUCCUUCUUACAGGGUUCCCUUGGGGGCAUCUGGUUGAGCACUGCAGAAUCAGGAUGUUGGGACCAGGUGGGUCCCCUUUGGCCAGAUCCAGCACCCAGACUCUGAUGGUGUUCUUAGGUGCAACUUCCAAGCCCCUCCCCUUCCUCCCAUUAGCUCCUCCCCCUGGCACAGGGGACCUCCCUUCCCUUGGCCUCCUUACCUUCAUACUGUGCCUCGACAGGGAUGUGAAGGUCCGGGAAGAGGACCAGCAGCCUCUCCCUGUCCUUCAACUCCUCAAUCAGCUCUUUCAGCUCAGAGACGGUAGUCUGCAGCUCAGACACACGCUGCUCCAGGCUCAGCUUUUCCUUCUGCGCUCGCUCUGUCUGCUUCUGCAGCGAGACAGAUGGGAAAGGAUGCUCACUUUUCUUUGGACUACGA